UCACCCGGAAGUCGACUCAGUGAAACAGACGAGACAACAUGGCAGAGUCCAUAGACCCACGUGAAUGCGAUGUCCACGGAGAUGUUGAGGACAUGCCGGAGCUCUCUGACCCGGACGAGGAAGAGGAAGAUGAUGAAGAGCAGUGGCAGUGGAUGGAGGAGGAGAAUCAGCCCGUUACCUGUUUAUUCUGCGACAGGUUGCUGAGUUCAGUGUCGGCCACUCUGCAGCACUGCACCGCUGAACACCAGCUCAACCUCAUAGACCUGAUCAGAAAACACAAUUUAGAUGACUAUGGUUAUAUAAAGAUGAUCAACUUCAUACGCUCAACAAAUUGCGAUGCUUCGGGUCUGAUGGGCCUACCAGACGGUUCUUUACCCUGGGACAGUGAAGCCUUCCUGCGCCCAGUCCUGCAGGACGACCCCCUGCUGCAGACAGACCCAGAGGAGCUCUGUGGCCAAGAGGGGUCACUACACCAGUCAUCUAGAAGCGAGUCCCAUGAUGCACUGCUGCAGAGGACGCAGGCAGCUGAGGAGAGAGCCCAGCGCUCAGAGGAGGCACUGGCCAGAGCCAUGGAAGACCUGCACAAGCUCAAGCUACUGGCUCAGGGUUUGGUCCUGAAUGCCGAACCCGGCAGGUCCGGAAACCUGAGCGCCGUGGCCGAGCUGCGAGAGGACGAAGACGAGGCCUACUUCGACUCCUACGGACACUACGGCAUCCACGAGGAGAUGCUGAAGGACAAAGUGCGAACAGAGAGUUACCGUGACUUCAUGUACCGCAACCCAGAGGUGUUCAGAGACAAGGUGGUGCUGGAUGUGGGCUGUGGGACUGGAAUACUGUCCAUGUUUGCUGCCAAAGCUGGGGCCAAGAAGGUUAUAGCAGUCGACCAAUCAGAGAUCAUCUACCAGGCCAUGGAUAUAGUCAGGUCGAACCAGCUCGAGGACAAGAUCACUCUAAUCAAAGGCCGCAUAGAAGACAUCAACCUACCUGUGGAAAAGGUGGACAUCAUCAUCUCAGAGUGGAUGGGUUAUUUCCUGCUCUUUGAGUCGAUGUUGGACUCCGUUCUCUACGCCAGAGACCUGUACCUGGCUGAUGGUGGUUCAGUCUAUCCAGAUCUCUGUAACAUCAGCCUGGCAGCAGCAGGGGAUAUGCAAAGGCACCAGGAGCGCAUUGCAUUCUGGGACAAUGUGUACGGUUUCAACAUGGCCUGCAUGAAGAAGGCUGUGGUUCCUGAAGCUGUGGUGGAAGUGGUGAAAGCAGAAACGCUCAUCUCUGAACCAACAGUCAUACAGACGAUCGACUGUAACCGGGUGUGUCUGUCUGAGCUGGAGUUUGUAUCAGAUUUCUGCCUGAAGAUAAAGGACACCACAGAUUGCACGGCAAUUGUCGGCUACUUUGACAUUUUCUUUGACAAAGGCUGCGGCAACAAGGUGAUGUUCUCCACCGGUCCUCAGGUCAUGAAGACUCACUGGAAACAGACCGUCUUCCUCCUGGAGAAGCCUCUUUCAGUUCAGGCAGGUGAGGAGCUUCAGGGAAAGAUCACUGUGCGCAAAAACAAGAAGGACCCUCGUUCUCUGCUCGUCACCUUUGACCUGAGAGACAGGAAGCAGACAUACAGCCUGCAGUAACAUCAGCCAGAGGACAAAUGUAGAUGUUUGGAAACACAAACCCUUUUGUAAUUGACUCGAUUAUGACUUGAACACAAGACUUUAAUGUUAGGAUUCUUUUGUGCCUUGUAAUAAAAAAAAACUUGUAUGAGUUCA